CUGUCCAUCGACGGCGGCGGCUGGAGCCGACUCGCUGGCGACGCUGGCGCCGGUCGCCACGACGCUACCGGUCGCGAGGGCGUGGCAUCACAGACACUUGCCAUCGCGACUUCGGCUGCGUGUGCAGUUCCAGCCUCCGCAGUACGAAUCCGACGUCUCGGAGAUGGCGGUCGACAAGCAACGAGAGCGCGAGUGUCCCUGCGAUCCGGUGGUACCGCCGGCCGACAGUCACUACCUCAUUCAAGAUCUGUACUGCCGACCUCUGCCUCAGCAACCAGCGAAACGGACGGACUUCCUCUUCCGAUGGCAGCAUCGUCACCGUCUGCGGCGACAGAGGCGGCAGCAGCAUCAGACGGGCUCUGGCCUCAUGUUGCAUCAGCACUUGCCGUUGAGGACCCUUUGCAUUUUCACAACUGCUGUCACUGUCGCCCCCACGAUCCGGCUCAGAACGCACAAUGUCAAACUUGUCUGAACAAAGGACAGGUCUACCGUAUCCGACUGUGA